GUGUAAGGCGGUGGAGGACUGAAGCAUCAGAACUUGAAGAAGGCAGCGAGUUAAGACGAAGAGGAGGAGCGCUAAAGAGGAUGAGACAGAAGGAGAUUAGGAGGAAGAAAAGGUGCAGAAGAAGAAAAGGAGCAUCAGUGUAGAAAAUAAAAGAGUUGGGAAGAAGAAGAAGGAAGAAAAAGUGAUCAGCUGGAAAAAGAAAGAAGUUACAGCGAGAGAGGCUCCAUGGUAGCCAUAGCAACCGUUCAACGACCACGGGAAGCUUGGUAACCCCCCCGCCCCCGUAGACCUGAUGGACUGAUGUGCGUGUCAACCUGACCCGCCCAUGCAGCGCCUCAAGCCCCUCACUCUCCUCCUCCUGCUGGUGGUGACAGGUCAGUGUCAGUUCGACACGUGUCAUACUGUUGGCGACUUGGAGGCGGGGCCGAGAUGGGAGUUCUCUGCCUGUCAACCGCCGCCCACCAACAUGAAGGAGGCGAUGCAGAUCAGAGUGGAUCCGCCAGGGGUUACCUGUGGAAACCCCCCCGAGCGUUUCUGCACUCUGGACAACCCGUACCUCUGUAGUGAUGAGUGCGACGCGUCCAGCCCGGACCUGUCUCACCCCCCUCAGCUGAUGGGAGACCGGGAAAGGGGGGGGCUCAUCACCUACUGGCAGACGGUCACAUGGUCCAAGUAUCCUGAGCCGCUAUUGGCCAACAUCACGCUGUCGUGGAACAAAACUCUGGAGGUGGUUGAUGACCUCGUGGUGACCUUUGAAUAUGGCCGCCCCACCAGCAUGGUCCUGGAGAAGUCCCUGGACAAAGGUGAGGUCAUGUGGCGCGGUAGGGGGCGCAGGCAUAUGUUCCUUGUGCUUCCUGUUUCAGGCGUCACAUGGCAGCCGUACCAGUUCUACGCUGACGACUGCAUGGACACGUUUGGCAUGCCGCCAAAACGGGUGUCUGAUUUGGCGCCCAGCAAUGUGACUCGUGUUAUCUGCACUGAGCAGUACUCCCGCUGGGUGGGGGCCAAGGAGGAGAAGACGGUUGUGUUCGAGGUGCGAGCUCGCUUCCAAGUGUUUGCAGGUCCAAAGCUGAUCAGCAUGGACGCCUUGUACACCCGCAUGGAAAGUACCAAAGGUCUGCGAGACUUCUUCACCUUCACCAACAUCCGCCUGAGACUUCUCCGGCCGGCGCUGGGCGGGACCUACGUCCAACGAGACAACCUGCUCAAGUACUUCUACGCCAUCUCCAACAUAGACGUACCUGCCAGGUGUAAGUGUAACCUACAUGCAUCUAGUUGCACGCUGCGUGAUGCCACACUCACGUGCGACUGUCAACACAACACAAGCGGACAGGACUGUGAGCGCUGCAGUGACGAGUUUGAUUCCAGUAGCUGGAGGCCUGGAACCUUCCUGCCCCUGCCCAGAGGCACGGCCAACGCUUGUGAAGCAGCAGAAACAACAGCCACGGCUGAUGACUCAAACACUGAUAGAACUUCUGCUUCAUCACGUGGAAUCACUGACAUUUCUACUAUUACUCUUGUCACUACUGAUACUUCGGCUCCUUCUACAACUGACACCUCCUCUACUUCUACUAGUACUUCUAUGGACACUACUGAUACUUUGAUGACUUCUACUUCUACUAGUACUUCCAUGGACACUACUGAUACUUUGAUGACUUCUUCUAUUUCUACUAUUGACAUGUUUUCUAAUGGCGAUUCUCCCAUUGAUAUGUCUGAUGCUUACAGUUCUAUGACUGACAGUUCUAUUGUCGAUUGUUCUACAACUGAUGGUAGCGCUAUGGCAACAAAGGACAGUAGUACUACGACAAAGUCUCAUGGUCCCAGCUUGCAGGCUACCACUGUAGUGGACUCUGAUAGUCCAAAGUCAGGGACUAGUUUCGAGGCUUCUUGGACAACAGGGGGCAUUAGUGUGCCUUCUGCCAUUAGCUUUGUCAGCAGCACCGCUAGCAACCCAGGACUAGAUAGGUUUUUAGACUUUGGCAGUGCCGCAGGACCGAGGACAAGUGAUCCACUUUCUAAUAUAGCAGAAACCCCUUCUCCCAGGACCACGACCGGUACCUCCAGUGCCACAAACAGCGAUGAAAGCCCAAAGAGCAUGACUGACUCUCAGGUCUUUUCUGACCAAGUGACUCCGUUCCCUACCUCCAGCUUGUCACCAGACAACACAGACUUUGUCCCUUCUGAGACUAGUACCUCCAGCAUUCUACCGAGUACAGUUCUACGCUCAAGUGAAGCACCACUCGUCACAACAUUGGGAUGGGCAGUAUCUCAGUCUGACAAUAUGGUUCUCUCUGGAGAUAUCACACCUACUGAACCAUCUUUUCCUGCUGGGGAUGCUCAACCUACUUUUGAUGUUCCAACUUUUAACGGACCUCAUCUUAAAGGAUCCCUUCCUGAUGACCUGCUCCCCUUUGAGGCUGAUGGUUCUUCUGCUAAUGUACCUCCCACUGUUGCACCUUCCUUUGAUGGACUCCUUCCUGAUGGACCCUCUGAUAUCCCGUCCACCCAAGAAACCAUUCUUGAGAUGCCAACUCCUGAUUUAGCCUCUCUUGAUGUCCCACCAGACAGUCAGUCCAUCAAGAAAAAUGGUCCACCUGAAAGACCUAUCCCUGAGCAACCUCCUAGUGAAGAUGAAACUCCCCCUGAAGAUCCUCUUGAUGAAAUUGCACCUGACAGAUUUCCUGAAGAAAAUCCUAGUAAGGACACGCCCCCUAAUGCACUUCCUGAUGUUUCUCGUUUGGAAGAAUCUUAUUCUGGUGGACUCCCAUCUGAAGGGCCUCCUCCCAAGGUGCUCUCCCGAGCUCCUGAUGCACCUGUGAAGAUAACUCCUUCUGAAGUUGCGCAGGACACAAACUUCAUUCGUCCAGACUGGUCUGAGCCUGCUAGUGAUGUGGCCCCAGUAGACUUCACCUUCCCUUUUCCAGAGGAUCAGGAUUCAACUGGACCUGAUACACCCUCUGGAAGAGAGGAGUCCAAUCCAGAUCCUGCUUCUGAUGCAAUGGACCGUAGUUUGGAUUCUGACUCAGCUGAAGAAGAACCAAGUCAAACAGGAGAGAGAAGACCUGGGUUGCCCGCACCAGAGUCUUUGGAACCCAAUUCUAAAACUCCUGAGCUGGAGUCGAAGCCUGAUUCUACACCAACAGUUGAUGAACCAAGAGUAGACACCUCAUUGGGUCAGAAGAAAGAAGAGGAGUCUGACAAAUGGAGGGCAGGGGAGCAAAGAGAAGAAAAAGCUGUGGGGUCCAAAGACAAAGAAGCUUUGCAGGAAGGACAGGAGAAAGAUGAAAAAGACUAUGAGAAAAAAGCCACACAGAAAAUUCUGAUUCCUGGAGGACCAAAGACCAGUCAACUGUCCAAAAUUGCCUAUGUCACCUUCCAGGACUGCGAGUGUAACGCACACUCCAACCGCUGCAGCUUCAUCGACUUCCUCAACGUGGUGACGUGUGUGAGCUGCAAGCACAACACGCGAGGACACAGAUGCCAGUACUGUCGACUGGGUUACUACAGAAACGCAUCGCUGGCCCUGGAAGACCAGAACGUGUGUGUGGAGUGCGAGUGCGACUCCGCCAGCAGCUUGUCUCCACACUGCUCCGACUCGGGAUUCUGUCAGUGCAAAGAGGGCGCCACCGGGAGGCGCUGUGACUCGUGUCUGCCCGGGUACACGUGGAGAGGGGGCGGAGCUGGCUGCACAGUCAAUGUCUGUGAUGAGACUCGGACUUGCCAGAACGGCGGGACGUGUGUGGACUUUGUGCGCUGUGAGUGCACGGAGAACUUCAAAGGUGUGUCCUGUGAGCAGCGCGUGUGUUUGAAGAAGAACGCUUGCCUUGAUGACGACACAAGCUCCACCUUGCCAGUCACCUCACACCUCAACGUGCUGACCUUGGGCCUGCUCGUUCCCGCCUUCUUAUGACCUGACUCCGCCCACCCAGGUGGUUUGUAAUGUCAUCGCAUGCUGCGUAACCACGUGAAAAGAAAAAUAAUAAAAUAUUAAAC